CGGGCGGCAGCUGCUGCGCCUCGGCAUGAAUUAAGAAGCCAGGAAGAUGGAGCGCGGCACACUCCUCUCCCAGCCUGGGCUCUGGACCAGGGACACCAGCUGGACACUCCUCUAUUUCCUCUGCUGCGUCCUCCCCCAGAGCGCACCGCAAGUACUCAGGAUCGGAGGGAUUUUUGAAACUGUGGAAAAUGAACCUGUUAAUGUUGAAGAAUUAGCUUUCAAGUUUGCAGUCACCAACAUCAACAGAAACCGGACCCUGAUGCCUAACACCACGUUAACCUAUGACAUCCAGAGAAUUAACCUUUUUGAUAGUUUUGAAGCCUCACGGAGAGCGUGUGACCAGCUGGCUCUUGGUGUGGCUGCUCUCUUUGGUCCUUCUCAUAGUUCCUCCGUCAGUGCUGUGCAAUCUAUCUGCAAUGCUCUCGAAGUUCCGCACAUACAGACCCGCUGGAAACAUCCGUCGGUGGAUAAUAAGGACUUGUUUUACAUCAACCUCCAUCCAGACUAUGCGGCUAUCAGCAGAGCGGUCCUGGACCUGGUCCUCUAUUACAACUGGAAGACAGUGACUGUGGUGUAUGAAGACAGUACAGGUCUAAUUCGCCUGCAGGAGCUCAUCAAAGCUCCUUCCAGAUACAACAUUAAAAUCAAAAUCCGCCAGCUGCCCUCUGGGAAUAAAGAUGCCAAGCCUCUGCUGAAGGAGAUGAAGAAGGGCAAGGAGUUCUAUGUGAUUUUCGACUGUUCCCACGGAACAGCCGCUGAAAUCCUUAAGCAGAUUCUGUUCAUGGGCAUGAUGACGGAGUACUAUCACUACUUUUUCACAACCCUGGACUUGUUUGCUUUAGAUCUGGAACUCUAUAGGUACAGCGGCGUAAAUAUGACUGGGUUUCGGCUGCUUAAGAUUGACAACCCUGAGGUGUCCUCCAUCAUUGAGAAGUGGUCCAUGGAGAGGCUGCAGGCCCCACCCAGACCCGAGACUGGCCUUCUGGAUGGUAUGAUGACAACUGAAGCAGCCCUGAUGUACGAUGCGGUGUACAUGGUGGCCAUCGCUUCCCACCGGGCCUCCCAGCUGGCUGUCAGCUCCCUGCAGUGCCAUCGACACAAGCCAUGGCGCCUUGGGCCCAGAUUUAUGAACCUGAUCAAAGAGGCUCGGUGGGAUGGCUUGACUGGGCGUAUCACCUUCAAUAAAACCGAUGGCUUGAGGAAGGAUUUUGACUUGGACAUCAUUAGUCUCAAAGAGGAAGGAACUGAAAAGGCUGCUGGCCAAGUGUCUAAUCACUUAUAUAAAGUGUGGAAGAAUAUUGGGAUUUGGAACUCCAACAGUGGACUAAAUAUGACGGAUGGCAACAAAGACAGGUCCAACAAUAUCAGCGAUUCACUGGCCAACCGAACGCUGAUCGUCACCACCAUUCUGGAAGAGCCCUAUGUGAUGUACAGGAAGUCUGAUAAGCCCCUAUAUGGAAAUGACCGAUUUGAAGGAUAUUGCCUGGAUCUGUUGAAGGAAUUGUCAAAUAUCCUGGGUUUCAUUUAUGAUGUCAAACUAGUCCCUGAUGGCAAAUAUGGAGCCCAGAAUGACAAAGGAGAAUGGAAUGGGAUGGUCAAAGAACUCAUAGAUCAUAGAGCUGACCUGGCGGUGGCUCCUCUCACCAUCACUUAUGUGCGGGAGAAAGUCAUUGACUUCUCCAAGCCCUUCAUGACCCUGGGCAUCAGCAUUCUCUACCGGAAGCCCAAUGGUACCAAUCCUGGGGUCUUCUCCUUCCUCAACCCCUUGUCUCCUGACAUUUGGAUGUAUGUGCUCUUGGCCUGCCUGGGGGUCAGUUGUGUGCUCUUUGUGAUCGCAAGGUUUACACCCUACGAGUGGUAUAAUCCCCACCCAUGCAACCCUGACUCAGACGUGGUGGAAAACAAUUUUACUUUACUAAAUAGUUUCUGGUUUGGAGUUGGAGCUCUCAUGCAGCAAGGAUCAGAGCUGAUGCCCAAAGCUCUAUCGACCAGAAUAGUUGGAGGGAUAUGGUGGUUUUUCACCCUAAUCAUCAUUUCAUCCUAUACCGCCAAUCUGGCUGCCUUCUUGACAGUGGAGAGAAUGGAGUCCCCCAUAGACUCAGCUGAUGAUCUGGCAAAGCAAACCAAGAUCGAAUACGGGGCGGUCAGAGAUGGAUCGACGAUGACCUUCUUCAAGAAAUCAAAGAUAUCCACCUACGAGAAGAUGUGGGCUUUUAUGAGCAGCAGGCAGCAGACAGUUCUGGUAAAGAACAGCGAUGAGGGGAUCCAGCGAGUGCUCACCACUGACUACGCGCUACUGAUGGAGUCCACCAGCAUUGAGUAUGUGACCCAGAGAAACUGCAACCUCACUCAGAUCGGAGGACUCAUUGACUCCAAAGGUUAUGGAGUGGGAACACCUAUUGGCUCUCCUUACCGGGAUAAGAUUACCAUCGCUAUCCUUCAGCUACAAGAAGAGGGGAAACUGCAUAUGAUGAAAGAAAAGUGGUGGCGAGGCAAUGGCUGUCCCGAGGAAGACAGCAAAGAGGCCAGUGCUCUGGGCGUGGAAAACAUUGGGGGCAUCUUCAUUGUCCUGGCCGCUGGACUGGUCCUUUCUGUCUUUGUAGCCAUUGGAGAAUUUAUAUACAAAUCAAGGAAGAACAAUGACAUCGAACAGAAAGGAAAGUCAUCAAGAAUUAGAUUUUAUUUUAGGAACAAAGUAAGGUUUCAUGGGAGAAAAAAACAAAGCCUUGGUGUAGAGAAGUGUCUCUCUUUCAAUGCCAUCAUGGAAGAGCUGGGAAUCUCACUCAAGAAUCAGAAAAAGUUGAAGAAAAAGUCAAGAACUAAGGGCAAAUCUUCCUUCACAAGUAUCCUUACUUGCCACCAGAGACGAACUCAGAGAAAAGAGACUGUGGCUUGACCCAAGGAAACAUCUGCAGGAAAUUUUCAGGGAACAAAGAAGGAUAUGCCCAGGUCAACACUGGGUGAAAAGCUAACAGGCUUGCAAGGACUUCCCAUAUAUCUGUGCAUAUGACUCUGGUUGUGUAUACAGAUAUAAGAAACACAAAAGUUUAAGAAGCUCACAUAGACAGAUAUUACUUGGCAAGUGGCAUCGGUUCUUUUGAAAUGAAUUUGUAUGCUUACCUACUUUGCAUUUUCUCUUUCUCCCCCAAAUACAUUGCUGUGUGUGCUUUCUAAAUAAUAAUAAAACAACAGGGUUUUUGUUUUCUUGUUUUU